GAGUAAAAUGACCAAAUUGUAUUAACAUUUACAUCAUGACUAGGCUAAGCCAUUACUAGCAGCAGAAGUAGUUCGCAACGCCAUAUUACACGCUCACGAGUUCAGAGAACCAGUUACCAUGACUAAAAGUCCGCCAGAACCAUUGCGUCACGUGAGCUUAACACGAAAAGUGCUGGUAUUCACUACUCGUCUAGUCCUGACUUCGAUCAACCAGGUAGUGGUGGUGCCUGGAUGGUGGCUGGUAAUGAUUCUUGUUCAGCUGUUGAGGUUCGUGGACUACAGUUUCUAUCAGAAGAUGGAGAGUCUGCUGUACAAACACCUGUUGGAUCUGGUGGCCUAUUGGGGAUGGGUUGAGGGAUACAGAGUUAUCGAGAGUGGCGCUGAUAUUCAACAGCUGUCUUCUAAACGGUGUCUCGUUCUUCCCAACCACCAGAGCACAGCUGACAUAGUGACUCUGUUUGCCGUGUUCCACAACAAGAGCGAGGUCACUGUGAAUGUGAUGUGGGUGUCUGACUUGGAACUCAUGUUCUCCCAUGUUGGGGCUGUGAUGAAACUACAUGGAGACAUGUUUGUAAGACAGAAACUGGGUGCUGCCCAAAGAGAGAAGACAUUGAAGGACGUGGAGACUCACAUGAGGAAUAAGUUCGUGGCCAAGAGGAGACGGUGGUGCGUAGUGUUCCCAGAAGGAGGAUUCUUCCGGAAGAGGAAAGCAGCCAGUCAGCAAUACUCGAUCAAGAAGGGAUAUCCUGUGUUCGAACGACUAUCUGGUCCCAGAGUGUUUGGAGUUGAGAAAAUAUUACAAUCCGUCAAAGAAGCAGAUCCGAAUUAUCCGUUUGAGUACCUCCUAGACGUCAUAAUAGCUUACCAGGACCAAUCCAGAUGUGUGGGGCUUCCAGACUGGUUAAUAUCGGGAAAAUACCCCGAGAAGGUUCACGUACACUACACAGCAGUGCCGGUAUCGACUCUGAAAUCUGAAGCGACCGAGGACUUGGAACGCAGUUUGUUCAAGAUUUGGGCUGAAAAAGAGCAGAAGAUACAAAAUUUUUACAAGUUUGGAUAUUUUGAGAGUGAAGAUGAGACACACAAAGUGUGCGUGUUCUCGAAUUUUAGAUGUGUCUCGCUCAACCUAAUGUACAUUUUCGUGACUGUGUUUUGUGCUUGGCCCGGUGCUAAAUUGCUCUAUUCUUUAAUUGUUUAAUUUGUAGAAGUUCCUUUCAUCUCCUGAUUAGAGAUUGUUUUGGAUAGGAAUUGUUUUCAUCAUGGGUAUAAUUUUAGCUUCAUGCUUUCUUGUGAAGACAGAUUUAUUUAAAUAAUAAUAAUUAACCAUCAAUAGAUAAUUUAAUUACUCAUUACAA